AUGCCCCGCCUAGCGCACAAUGAAUACCACAUCGGGUGGAUAUGUGCCUUGCCUGUGGAGAUGAAGGCAGCAAUAAUAUUGCUAGAUGAAGACCAUGGCAUUGUCACAGGAAAAGGUCGAGACGAAAACACAUACCGUGCUGGAUGUGUACAUGGUCACAGUGUCAUUAUUGCCUGCCUUCCUGCGGGCAUUGAUGGCAUCGCUGCGGCAGCACACGUGGCGAAAGAUAUGAUUAGGACAUUUGAAUACUUGAAGUUCAUUCUGUUGGUUGGAAUCGGCGGAGGGAUUCCAGACUUGAAGAAGAGUGUCGACAUCAGGCUCGGCGACGUUGUUGUUAGCAUACCAAGUGGAGGCAGUGGUGGCGUUGUACAGUACAGCAAGGGCAAGGCCACACAUGGAGGUGCUUUCGAGCUCAAGGGCGCUCUCAAUGCGCCUCCAUAUGCACUUUUGACUGCAAUCACGACGCUACGAGCACAGCCUCCAUCAGAUCGAUCUCGACCGAUGCUAGAUUACCUUUCCGACAUAAUCGAGCGGGAUCCGUCUUAUGAUAUUCCUGGCGAGCACAAAGAUCGUCUCUUUGACAGCAAUUAUCGUCACCCCAACGACCAAGACAAUUGCGAUCAAUGUCUACCUAGCCACGAAAUCACUCGCCAAAGUCGAAAAGCCUCUGGUCCCCAGAUCCAUUAUGGCAUCAUAGCUUCUGGAGACGAGGUGGUGAAAGACCCUGCUUUUCGGGACGACCUCCGGGCAUCUUAUGGUGCGCUGUGUGUGGAGAUGGAAGCUGCCGGCCUUGCGAAUAUUUUCCCCUGCCUCACGGUACGAGGAAUAUGUGACUACGCCGAUUCUCACAAAAGUGACGAAUGGCAUCCGUACGCUGCUGCGAUGGCGGCCGCGUGGACAAAAGAACUACUGCUUUACGUCACAGCAGAGCAUCUUGACCGCCAGCAAACAGUCCAACAGCUUGCGGUUUCCAUCGAAACCAAAAUUCAACAAAUCACAGAGCAGCUACACAGGCAUGAGAAGAAUUUCCAAAACACAGAAUAUCAGGAGUGCCAUCGCGCCUUCAAACUGAGCUCGUAUGAAGAGCAGAAAAAUGUCAACCCAUCUCGAGCUGAUAACACGUGCCUUUGGGUUAUAAACAAUCCCAUGUACCGAGAAUGGCAAGAGAACAAGGGUGACGAUCUACUCUGGAUAACUGCCGAUCCAGGUUGUGGCAAGUCCGUCCUAUCGAAAUCUCUGGUCGAUCGCGAACUGCAGACAACAGCGGGAAGAACAUGUUGUUAUUUCUUUUUUAAGGAAUAUCAGAAUCAGGAUAAUCUGACAGCUGCGUUUUGUGCUCUUCUACACCAACUCUUCACAAGCCAGCCAUAUCUUCUCGUUCACGCAAUACCUGCUUGGCAACGAAAUGGUGACAAGUUAAUGCAAGAGGUGGAUGAGCUAUGGAGGAUAUUCCUCGCGGCGACCGCAGACUCCAACUCACGCGAUGUCUACUGCGUGUUAGACGCCAUUGAUGAAUGCCGGGAUACUGAUCGACACCGCCUUAUCGAGAAACUCGCUGUCUUUCUUGCAGAUGCAAGGAUGACACAACCUCGGACACAAACUUUGAAGAUCCUGGUUACGAGCCGACCGUAUAAUAGCAUCCAGGUAGGUUUCCAGCGCAGCAUGAAGGGAUGCUCUUCCUCACUUUCGAUAAUUCGCCUUCGAGGCGAAGAUGAAAACACUGCAAUCCGCGCCGAGAUCGACUCGGUCAUCCGCAGCCGUGUUGCUGAGAUGACAGAAAAUGCGUCCUUGUCGCCAGAUGCGACUGCGCUCCUAGAGAAAAAGCUAUUGAACAUGCGAAACCGGACGUAUCUAUGGCUCUCCCUGGUUAUCGACGGCAUUUACGAAGACAUCACAGACAGCAUACAGCAUGAUGAGAACUCGAUCAAUUCCAUAAUCGCAACGCUCCCUAAGUCGGUGGACGACGCGUACGAGAAAAUUCUCAACAGGGUGCGGGAAAGUCAGCGCGGUAAAGUGCGAACCAUCUUCCACAUCAUAAUCGGUGCUCGACGGGCCCUCAGUCUUUCCGAGAUGUCUCUAGCCCUCGGUUUCGCAACGUCAAAGGACAUUGACUCUUUGGAAUCGGCUGUGGUCGGAAAGACGCGACUCGAGAAGGACCUCCCAGGAUGGUGUGGACUGUUUGUUUUCAUCGAGCGAUCUCGGAUCUACCUCGUCCACCAGACUGCGAAGGAGUUUCUCAUUUGCAGCUCAGAGGUGAAAUGCGGAGUCUGGAAACACUCUCUAGUUCCCGCAGACUCUGCUAGAGUCCUGAUGCAAAUAUGCCUUCGUGCCAUAUGCUGGCCGAUGGGAAUGUACCACCGAUCCUUGCUCCGCAAAGUUGGGGACCAAGACUUCGUUGAAGGAAGAGACAACUUGGUGAGAUACGCACAAGGACAUGCUAUGCAUCAUCUCCCAGACCCCUCUUGGUUCAUUCAUCUCCGAGACGCAAAGGUGGAUGGUCUUGCUCCCUGGUACGACGCAUGCCGCCCUGUGUGGGAUCGACUAAAUGCAGGAACUCCUUCACCAAAACGACCAGAACGCAGCUUGUCAUGUUGGCUUACGACUGAAUACGCCCCUGCCGUGUUUUAUUUGUUUUGUCAGGUCGCGUACUUGUUCUACGAGAAUGGCAAGGAAACCCCAAGAUGGGCAAAUUGCUGCGUCACUAUACUAGCGAAAAUUCAUAGGAAGGUGACUGAGCUUGUCCCUGGUGGCCAUUGGCGGUCACAAGAUCUUUGGGGUCGUGAGCUGGAAAUCGCAGCCCAAGGGGGCCAUGUGCAGACCCUACGAAUUCUAAUAGUCUAUGCUGAUGUCAAUUUCGAGCGCAGAUAUCUCAACCGUGCACUACUUCUUACACUCGAAAAUGGUGAUGAAGGUAUAGUGCGGAUUCUAGUCGACGCUGGCGCCAACAAGAGCAUAUGUCUAGCCCGGGCACUGCUGGAUGCAGCCGAACGUGGUCACAAAAAUGUAGUGCGGGCUCUGCUGGACGCUGAUGCUGAUAUCGAUUGGUCGGCACCGGAUGCACAAAAUCGUGGGCUGCGACUCGCACCCCAACAGGGUUCUGAGCAGACCUGGCGAAUUCCACUUCAUGUUAGUCGCGACUCCAACCACCAGAGUGAAUACCUCGACGGGGCGCUGCUGAAGGCAGCCGAGC